UGCUUCAAAAGUGGUAAUAUGUUCUUUUCAUGCCCCGCCCCUAUUUUUCACACGCCUGGAUGCACUGACCCGAGAACAGCGGAUAUCACUUUACUGUUUACUGUUAACUAGACAAAAUGAUCUGAGAUCGGUGCUAAUCCUAGCAGCUUGAAGCGCCGUCUGGAAUUGUGCCUACACUCGGUGGAGCCCCGCCCCUUUUCUGCACUCUGGCUGCACUGAGCUAACGGAAUACGGGUAGUAAAAUGGCCGAGAAGCAGAAGCACGAAGGCAGGGUCAAGAUAGGACACUACAUCCUUGGAGACACGCUCGGAGUCGGCACGUUUGGCAAAGUGAAGAUCGGAGAGCACCAGCUAACAGGGCACAAGGUUGCUGUUAAGAUCCUGAACAGGCAGAAGAUUCGCAGUCUAGAUGUGGUCGGCAAAAUCAAACGAGAAAUCCAGAACCUCAAGCUGUUCCGGCAUCCACACAUCAUCAAGCUGUAUCAGGUGAUCAGUACUCCCACAGACUUCUUCAUGGUGAUGGAAUAUGUAUCUGGAGGAGAGCUCUUUGAUUAUAUCUGUAAGCAUGGAAGGGUAGAGGACAACGAAGCACGACGUUUGUUCCAGCAGAUCAUCUCUGCAGUUGACUACUGCCACAGACACAUGGUGGUGCACAGAGACUUGAAACCCGAGAACGUCCUUCUGGACGGCAACAUGAACGCCAAGAUCGCUGAUUUCGGCUUGUCAAACAUGAUGUCAGAUGGGGAGUUCUUGAGAACAAGCUGUGGUUCACCUAACUACGCUGCUCCAGAGGUCAUCUCUGGAAGACUGUACGCAGGUCCAGAGGUGGAUAUCUGGAGCUGUGGUGUGAUCUUGUACGCUCUGCUGUGUGGCACUUUGCCCUUCGAUGAUGAGCAUGUACCCACUCUCUUCAAGAAGAUCCGUGGAGGAGUUUUCUACAUCCCUGAAUACCUUAAUCGCUCUGUGGCCAGCCUGCUGAUGCUCAUGCUCCAGGUGGACCCUCUGAAAAGGGCCACAAUCAAAGACAUUAGAGAAGAUGAAUGGUUUAAGCAGGAUCUGCCCAGCUACCUGUUCCCGGAGGACGCUUCAUACGACAGUGCUGCGGUCGAUGAGGAAGCUGUGCGGGACGUUUGUGAGAAGUUUGAAUGUGCCGAGGCCGAGGUGCUCAGCAGCCUGUACAGCGGCGACCCUCAGGACCAGCUGGCUGUCGCCUACCACCUCAUCAUCGACAACCGCCGUAUCAUGAACCAGGCUAGUGAGUUCUACCUGGCCUCCAGCCCACCUGCUGCCUCCUUCAUCGACGAGAACAUCAAGCCACACCCUGAGAGGAUGCCCCCACUGCUGGCAGACAGCCCCAAGGCCCGGUGCCCACUGGACGCUCUGAACACCACCAAACCCAAACCUCUGGCAGUGAAAAAGGCUAAGUGGCAUCUUGGUAUCCGCAGUCAGAGCAGACCCUACGACAUCAUGGCUGAAGUGUACCGCGCCAUGAAGCAGCUUGAGUAUGACUGGAAGGUGGUGAACCCCUAUCACCUGAGGGUGCGCAGGAAGAACCCAGUGACUGGAAACUUUGUGAAAAUGAGCCUGCAGCUCUAUCAGGUGGACAACCGCAGUUAUCUGCUGGAUUUCAAAAGCAUUGAUGAUGACAUUAUCGAGCAGAAAUCUGGCUCAUCCACACCUCAGCGCUCCGGCUCUGCUGCAGGUCUUCACCGUCCCCGUCUCAGCAUCGACUCGGCAACCGUCGCUAUGGAUAUACCACCGCUCAGCAGCUCACUGCCAUGUUCUCUACCGGGCAACAUGCCCGUUCUGGCACCACGACAAGGCAGCCAUACCAUGGACUUCUUCGAGAUGUGUGCCAGUCUCAUCACUACACUGGCACGCUGAAAAACACACACACACACACACACACACACACACACACACACUCAUUUACGCACAGUAACAGGUAUCUGUAGAUAGAUUAGGGGGUUAAAUCACAUGACCUCUGUAGAUUCAGCCACAAAUUAAAUUCUCACACAGACAGUUAGACAUGAUUAUAGACAUGAUGCUUGCUGCUAUACUGAUGGUUCAGUUCAUUGUAGCAGUACGGCAUUCUGGGGCCUUUCCAGGUUUCAGCAUGCUUCAUCCAUUUUGUUUUUAUACGCAUAACAUUUUGAUAAUAUAAUCUAUUUAUAUUCUCUUAUCAAUCAGUUUAGUAGCUGAGUUGCUGGUUGAUUGUAGUGACAUACCAAAAAUUAAGUUUAUAUGCAUUCAAAGAGAGGGUGAUUAUACAUUUAUUAUAUAUUAGAUUAUUUAUUUUUUAGAGAUAUUUUAUGGUAUUUGGUUAUUUUAUUUAAGUAUGUAUUAGUCGAGUGAUGAAUUAAUUGCAAGUAUUCUGAGGAAUGGUUUGGCAGUUUGAGCGUUGAGAGCAUGACAAGCAUGUCAACAAAUACGCACCAUCGAUGUCGUAGAGCACAAAAGCGAGUGCCGACGUGGCUUUGCUUCGAGUUUGAGUAGCAGAAGUAAGUAUGCAGUUCCUAGGAUCUUCCAUCUGUAAGUAAUUAUAGAUGGUUACCUUCAGUGCAGUGCCUUUUCUUUUAGCUGCUGGAUGGUGUUGUGCUGUUAACUCGUAUAUUAAUGGAAUGUCCAGUCAGAGACACGGAUAACUCAACACAGCGCCACAAGCUGAAGAGAAAGAGCGAGAGAGUGAUUGAGUGCUGUGCUCAGCACCACAUACUGGCCUUGAUCAAGGAGAAAAUGUAGGGGCACAUCCAGAGAGAGAUUUAGAGUCAAAGGAAGAGACAUUUAGAGUGAGAGAGAGAACAAGACAGACAGGCCAAAAGAAGAAUAGUGGAAGAGAGAUUUAGAGCCUGAAAGUAGGAUAGAGAGAAAUUGAGGGGAGAGAGAUAUACAGUGCCCUCCGAAACUAUUGGAACAGCCAGGGCAAUUCAUUUGUUUGUGCUGUACACCAAAGACAUUUGGGUUUCAGAUCAAAAGAUGGAGAUGAGAUAAGAGUUUAAGAUUUCAGCUUUUAUUUCCUGGUAUUUAUAUGUAGAUGUGUUAAACAACAUAAAACAUAGAAUCUUUUGUAUCAGACCACCCAGUUUUUAGGCAAGGAAAAAUAUUGGAACAUGUGACUGACAGGUGUUUAUGGUUACCCAGGUGUGUCCUGUUAGACUGAUUGUUUAAACAAUAAAUAGCUCUUAACAUCUACAUUAGCUUUUAGCCUUCAGCUUCACCUCAUAUUCAUCUUUUGAUCUCAAACCCAAACGUCUUCAGUCUACAGCAAAAACAAUUGAAUUAGCCUUGCCGUUCCAAUAGUUUCAGAAGGGACUGUAGAGAGAAAAGGAAGGAAAGAGAGAAGGAAGUGAUGUACAGUAGAACAAGCAACAGAAUGCAGUUUUACUGCAUUUUUUUUUCUAGAUAUAUGAUACUGUAUUGAGCGUGAGAUGGGGUGUAUUUGGUGACAUUUGGCAAAGAGAUUAAAGCCAUGAGCAUUUAGGAGUUAAAACCAUUCAAAGCUUCCUCUGAUGCCUUAGAAGCAACAUAUUAUAUUGUGUCUGAUGAUUUAUGCUUCAUUGUGUGAAUGUAUACAUGUGUGUGCAGAUCUGUUAGACGUGUGUAUCUUGUUCCUCUACUGUAAAUGCUGGAAUGUUCAGAGCCCCUGACAGCAUAGUUUUCUAGCAGGGGCUUUGUUUACUUCUGACCUGAUGACUUCAGAAAGAGGACUUGGGAAAUUCAGGAAGGUGAUCGAAAAAUGUCAUGGUUUAUCGUGCCAGCUUGUGAUUGGGCUACUAUACAGAACCACAGCAUGAACGUUUCUUAAAUGAUUACCAAAAUGUUUUGUUUUCUUUUAUCACACAUAAAAAAUAAUUCUUAUUUAUGAAUACAUUAUUUAAAAAAAAAAAAAAGAAAUAUUGAUAAAUGUUUUAAAUAUUUUUGGCGGCCUUCGAAAACCCCUCAGAGGGUCAAAUGUGGACAUUUAUAUAUUACAUGAAUAUAGUUCUGAAAACUACAAGUUUUGUUCUGUUGGCUAAUUUACCUGUUAUUAAUGACUUGGGCCAUUGAAACAUUUUAAAACUUUGUCCAUUAUUGUCUGUACAGAGUGUAUAAGUUCUCUUUUCUGAAUUACGCAUCUGUAUUAAUUCCAUUUUGCAGCAUAAAAUCCUCCAAUGUCCUGAUCAAAUCGUGAGAAAAGCACACUAACUAGCAAGGUUUUAGACAUCUUUCAGCAGACUGAAUGUUUACCACUGCGUUUUUUAAACCAGCCCCUUACCCAGCGUGAUCUUUGGAGGCAGACAGCUAUCGUUAGAAAUUAACCUAAAUAAAAACAUUUCCACAUUGGUAUUUACAUUCCGGCAUUCAGCAGGCGCCCUUAUCCAGAGCGACUUACAUUUAUCUCAUUUAUACAGCUGAGCAGUUGAGGGUUAAGGGCCUUGCUCAAGGGCCCAACAGUGGCAGCUUGGCAGUGCUGGGAUUCCAACAUCUUAACCACUGAGCUAUCACUGCCCUUUGGUUAAAAAAAAAAAAAAGAUGUUUUCCUAAAGUAGAGAUUUAUUAUUGGUGGACAAACUCAAUUUUGGACAAAACCAACUUUUUCGUCUAUUUUCGAGAAUUCAGCUUUAGCUGAGUUUUUUUUUUUCUUUCUAGAAUGCCUCACAUAUAUUCUUGAAUAUCCUAUUUAUUUUUCUAGAAUUGUUUUAACACGUUAGCACAUGGUAAAACAGUUGUUCUUCUACCACACGAGUCGUCUAUGCUGGGGAUUUGUUCUGUAGUUAAUGCCUUUGUGGAUGAGUUGGUCUUCCUGAAUCUUCCUGGCCUUCUGUUUUGUACUGCACUGAAUUUGAAGUGGCUUUUGGUCAAUGCAUGGCGUUUGUGCAUCAGUGUGUUUUUGUACCAUGUUAGAUGUACUGUAUUGUUACACAAUAAGGCUGCAGUAAAUCAAUGCACCAUCCAUAUCUGAAUGUUAAAGAAACUUCAAGCAUGAAAGUGCUUAGAUGGAGUGAUGAGUUUGCAGAAGGAUAAAUAUCCUUUGAUCUUUGGGGAGUGAACAAAGUGCAGACACGUAAUAUUUUUGAACAAGGAGCGGAUGUGUUUUAUUGUCAGUGGGCAGAUUGUGCCUUAUUGUGUCUGUAGUAAAAGUCUCUAAGCUACAUUGGCUCUCUCGUAGAACCUGGGAGAGUUUGUUUCACCUGGUCAUGGUGCUGCUGGGGUGUUGUCAUUUUUGACUAAGCUGUUGAUUGCAAAAUGUUUAGAAAAUUGAUGCCUGUACUGCUGAAUAUGCACCAUUACCCACUGAAAAUCGAUUCGUAAUGACAGAGUUGAACCAGUUUUGUUUAACAGAUCAUUUUCCAAGACGCAAACAAGUUUUGUCAUUAUUUCACAAUUCCGACACAAUGUGCAGUAAACACUCCAAACGGACACGAGUAAUAUUCUCUGCAUGGCAACCGUCCAAAUCAGUAAUCGCAACCAAAGUGUGUUUUUGCUUCUCAGUCGGGCCUUGUAUAAGCGUGUGUACAUAACAUACCUGGUGUGGAAAAGCGAAGUCAGUGUUAUGUGUGCGAUUCACUGUCGACGUGCGAGUUUGCACGUUUUUGUUUUUUUUUUUCCACAGAUUAUGCACUGCAUGUUGUUCUCAUUUGCACUUUAUUAUUUAUUGUACAAAAAAAGUAAACAGAAUGUGUAUUGAGCAUAUAAAU